AUGGCCUCCUCAAACGAAAUCCCAAACCUCAAAACACUCCUUGGGAACCGUCGCGGAGGAGCACCAAGAGGGAGGGGACGUGGAAGAGGUGGACUGGGAAGCUCUAGCGAAGAAAGAGACCAAGCCAAAGACAAUGCAGUCAAGAGUACUGAUCAAGACGCUGCGGGGAGCAGGGUGAGCUGUGUAGAGCUUGGCUAUCUUCAUGAUCCAUAUGCGAAGUUAUUCGCAACACAGCAGGCAGCAAGGAGGCUGCCUCUGUUGAACAGAGGCACAUAUGUCCGCACGUCCGCAAUCGAUCUCCUAGUCACCAAGUUCCUUCUCACAUCCCCGGAUUCUGCAAAGCAAAUCAUCUCCCUCGGCGCUGGAACCGACACUCGGUUCUUCCGUCUCCUCGAUCUAUACCCUGACUCCCGCCUGAUAUACCACGAGAUCGAUUUCCCAACGAACACAGUCGCGAAGAUCGCUGCCAUACAAAAGCAGCCUGUCCUCUACCGCAAGUUGCUACAUAUACCGUCGACCUCGACGUCUUAUCACUCAGAAACGUACAAUAUCCACGCGCUGGACUUGCGGACUUUGAUUGCCUCCUCGGACCAAACCCCACUACCUGAGAUACCAAAUCUUGAUCCCAGUUUACCGACCCUUAUUCUGUCGGAAAUGUGCCUUGUGUAUCUACAGCCCUCCACAGUGCAAUCAAUCAUCUCCUCGCUUCUGACGCACUAUCUGCACCCGGCCACGUCUGCCUCGCUAAUCCUUUACGAGCCAAUCCUACCUCAGGAUGCCUUCGGCAGAACCAUGAUAUCCAAUCUCCAGACGCGAAACAUUCACCUACAUACUCUAACAGCGUAUCCCAAGCUCGGCGAUCAACGUGCACGACUACAAGGCUACGGGUUCAAGAAAGGCGCCAUGGCUGUGGACACGAACUUCAUUUGGCGACAAUGGGUCAACGAGGAGGAGAAAGAGCGCGUUGCUGGGCUCGAAUUCUUAGACGAACUGGAGGAACUGGAGUUACUUCUAAAACACUACUGUGUUGCUUGGGGCUGGAGAGAUGGUGAAAGUGACGUAUUCUCAAAUGCUUGGGUGGAUGUUGCAGAGCAGCACGGAGCAUAAUAGCUAUGUGGUGGACGUCGGGCAAAGUCGCAUUGUAUCACUAGCAUUACUGGGAAGCCAUUGUUUCCGUAACAAGAAAUAAGAUUCACUCGAAGACAAUUACAAGACUUUCACAAUAGCAUAACGUGGCGCAAUUACAUGUACUG